AUGGAAGUCGACACCUUGUCAAUAAUUCUACUUUUUUUGAUAGUUUUUUUCACGUACCUAUCAAUCCGUGAGGCACCAAAUUCUGACGUUCAUCCCUUGUUACUUACCUCUCAAUCUGACGCUGCAAAAGUGCGCUAUCCUGGUGAAACAGCUGUGUAUAGGUCUAAUAACUCUCAACAUGGAAUGCAAUUAUUGACUAUUCCAGAAAAUGACGUUAAGACUAUUAUUCAAUUGUUUCAACACGGAUUGAAUGAAGGAAAUGACUGUUUGGGUUUCAGAGAUGCUAACGGCACGUAUACUUGGCAAUCAUAUCGCCAAGUAUUUGAGAGAAUAACAAAUUUUGGAUCGGGCUUGAUUAAAUUUACUGGCUUAACUCCUAAAUCACAAGAUAAGUUCGGUAUUUUCAUGAAAAAUUGUCCAGUAGCACUGCCUAGUAUUCAUCCUCGUGUCAACGAUGUCAUCAAUCAGAUUAAUCUUACCGAAAUUAGUGCCAUCGUGGCAUCCAAAGAUACUUUGUCCGUUGUAUUUUCAGCGGCGCCUUCCUGUAGAGCGUUAAAAUACGUCAUAAUGACGGAAUCUAGUUUGUCCAAAGAUCAGAAUGAAAAAGCUGAGACAUUAGGAUUAACUCUUACGACAUUCAAAGAUAUCGAAAAAUUAGGUUCCACUUCUAAACUGGAAUGCGUCGCUGCUGCACCGGAGGAUACGGCGACCAUUGUUUUUACAAGUGGAACUACUUCAGGAGGACCGAAGGGAGUCGAACUAAAACAUUCUAACCUCGUAGCAAAUGUUGCUGGAAUUCUUUCUGCCAUUCAUGCUACUCAGAAAAUAAAACCUUCGGAUAGACAUCUAUCAUAUUUGCCUCUCGCAUAUAUGUUUGAAAGAAUUACGGUCAUGGUGUUAUUAUUUUCGGGCGCAUCGAUCGCGUUUUAUAGUGGAAAUAUUUCUACCAUUCUACAAGAUGCAGAGGAAGUUAAGCCAACUAUUUUCACCAGGUAUAUUGUUCGUCAGUUUGAUUUUUAUAAAAUUAAUAUUUUGAAAUCCUUAGAAAACAAAUGGUUUUUUAAAAAAGGAUUCAAUUCUAAAUAUAAAUAUUUAAAAAAGGGAAAUCUCGUUACAAAUUCAAUAUGGGAUAUUUUAGUUUUUAAUCAAGUGAAGGCCAAAUUUGGAGGCCAAGUUCGCGUUAUCGUUACUGGAUCUGGUCCAAUUACGCAAACCAUACUCGAUUUUUUUCGAAUUACUGUCGGAUGUCAAGUCAUUCAAGCUUAUGGCCUUACGCAAUGCAGUGGCUCAGUAACGAUGAAUGCGUUUUAUGAUUACUAUUCAAUUGAUCAAAAUGGCCAUGACUCACAAACGGGCGGUCCACUUGCUUGCAAUGAAAUCAAAUUAAUAAAUUACGAGGAGAGAGGUUACACCGUCGAAGAUGUACCUAAUCCCAGAGGCGAGUAG